GGCUCCAGAUCUCCACCACACCGCCACACCUCAUCAGCCAACAAACCGUUAACGGACGGACCCCGAGCAGGCGCGCCGAACGACGGCAGAGGCAAAACCCUCGCCUGCCUCUGCCUCAGUGAGGGAUGGCGGCGCCGGAAUCGGAAUGCGGCGGGACUGACGGCUACCGCGACCUCCGCGGCGUGCGCGUCGAGCUGGACCCUGGAACGGCCCGGGUCGGCGGGGGAGGAGGCUUCGCCGUCUCCUUCUGGCUCUACCUGUCCAGCUCCGCCAGGCCGUCCUCGGUGAUCCUCCGCCAGAUCGCUGCGGGAGAUGACAAUAAGUUGCCGUUUCUUGCUUUAGGUGAAGGAAACAAACUGCUGCUCUUCCCGUUGAUGAGGCUGCACAGAGAAGCUCCUGGUCCUGCUAGUUCCUACCCAUGGACUCACACAACCAAACUAUCAUCUACGAGUCAAUGCCCUCUUGAGAAAUGGUUCCACAUUGGGUGCGAGGUUACUGAAAAUGUUAUGCGUCUUCACCUUGAUGGUUCCCUAACUGCUGAGGCCUCCGUUUGUUCACUAUUUGAUGGGCCAGAAAGUCAGGAUGAUGCAAACCAAAUUAGCUUAGUUGGAAGUGAUGGCAAGCUUGAAGGCUAUAUCUAUAAUAUUGAGGUUUCAUCUGUACUAGGAAAUAUAAAGGAACAAUACACAAAGAACCCACCUUUUAAGUUGUCUAUUGACUACUCAUGCUCCGAUGGAAUCGAAGAGGGUGGUGACGGCAUUUGGAACAUUGUUGGUGGGAAGGCAUCUUGCCGGAGAAACUUCAUUUUGGAAGUAGUACUAACCAACGCUUUUGGUGCACCUGUGAAGGAUAAAGAGGUCGUUGCUUCACUUGUCUAUGCUGAUGAUGGAACAGUAGUUGCAAAGUCAAGGGAUGAUUCUGAGCCUCCUUUGCUUAUUACUUGCGAUGGACUUGAAUACGCAGCUAUAACCAGGCCUCUACCAAUUAUUCGUGGACGAGCACUAUUUAAACUCAAGAUAUCGCAGCUCUCUUCCAAAUGUGACAAUAAGCUCUUUCGUAUUCAAUUCUCUACACUUCACAUGCAAAGAUAUCCUUUCCUGGAAGCAUAUUCCAAACCGAUUCGUUGUAUAUCUCGAAGCCGCACUGUCCACCCCUUGGGUCCUGGAAAGCGGGCGAGUUCUGCAACAGUAGAUGAAACUGACUUGCUCAAUAAUGGCCAAGGGUUUGUUAGUGCUGACAAAGUAAAUGGUCGUGAACAUUCAAUGUGUCUGGAUGCACCCAUGUUUCCCAAGAUAGAAGGUGGAAUGGUGAAGGUAGUAGAGGCCCACAAAAUGGUAUCACAAAAUAAAAAUGCCAGAAAGGUGGUGGUAAGCAAAGAAGCACAGAAUGUCAUGAGGACUGACUCUUCAACAUCCAACUAUGACAGUUUUGAUUCAGGAAGUUCUUGGAGUGGAUCAGAUGGAGAUGAUGGUAUUGAAACCUUUUCAGAUGCUGUGGUUUUCAGGUACUGUCUAGACAGCACAUACGACCGGUUAAAGUUUCUUAGAGGUGCAGCUCCUACUGUUAACAAAGAUGACUUGGUAAAACUUGCAGACCAAGUCUCAUUGUAUAGUGGAUGCUCCCACCACAGAAAUCAAAUAUUAAUGUCGAAGCGAUUACUCAGAGAGGGUGCUGACACUUGGAACAUGAUCUCAAAGAACAAUGAACGUGCUCUUUGGUCAUCUGCCAUUCCUGAGAUCAUAACAAAAUUUACGAACAUUGCCCAUUCUGUGAGUAGGGGUUUGUCAGAGCAGGAUGUUGAGGUUUUAAGAGGCAUUGCUGGUUGUGGUGAGGAUAUAGGAAGAGAUGAAUUUGAUAGGCUAUGGUACUGGUUGUACCCAGUGGCUGUUUCAUUGUCGAGAGAGAAUAUUAAAAAGCUGUGGGAUUGCACAACACCUAGAUGGAUAGAGGGCUUGAUUACAAUAGAAGAAGCUGAGAAUGCACUAAGAAGUUCCAGGGAACUGUUAAAGGAGCCAGGAACAUUUGUUCUCAGAUUUCCUACCACCCGAAGCUGGCCACAUCCAGAUGCUGGAUGCCUAGUUGUCACUUACAUUGGCUCUGACAACUCAAUUCAUCAUAGGCUACUCUCUCUUGAUUCCAGUGAUGCUAGUGCUGAGAACCUGCAAGAUUUGCUGCUCCAGGAACCUGAACUAUCCCAAUUGGGCAGGGUUGAUCGGCUCCCAACCGCCAUCCGGAGAUGACCAAGGAUUCAAACUGUUAAACUUGCAUGCGAAAGCAGGAUUAGGAUGCUAUAUUGCUAUGGGCCACGAGAAGAGAGGGUCACCAGCAGCUCAACGCAUCCAAGUUCAUUGCCAUCCAGGAGACCAAGCAUAGCCCAUAACACCUGUUGCGGUUGUUACCAUGUACAAGUUGUAAAUUGGUUCCCUUCUUUGUACAAAGAAAGGACGCUUUGCCAUGUUAGGCCUUGUUUGGACACCCAUGUGUCCACCUUAAUAUAUAGGCGUUGGAGUGGUUAGUUGUGGAAUUUAAACUAAAUUCCACACCAAAUCACUCUAACAAUACACAUGGAUUGAGAUAAAUACACAGACGUCCAAACCAAGUCCUUAGUGAGAUCUAGUCUAGUUGCUUCAUAAACCAAAACCAACCAUUAUGUGUUUCGCAAAAAAGGAAAAAAA